GUGUUUCAUAUAAUCUGUGAAGGCAGAAGAGAGAACGAGCAUUUGUUUGAUUAGAGUAACAAGUUAUGGAUCUCAAACAUCACUAUCUGGAACUAAAUGAUGGUCAUUUCAUUCCCAUUCUGGGAUUUGGCACCUAUGCACCCAAAGAGCUUUGGUGUACUUUCCAUCUACCAGAGAUGGUCCAACCGACCUUGGAAAGGUGCCUGAAAGAAGUACAGUUGGACUAUGUUGACCUAUAUCUUAUUCAUUUCCCAACACCUUUGAAGCCAGGAGAGGAGACUAUACCACGUGAUGAACAUGGAAACCUGUUAUAUGACACAGUGGAUAUUUGUGACACCUGGGAGGCUAUGGAGAAGUGCAAGGAUGCAGGACUGGCCAAGUCCAUCGGGGUGUCCAAUUUCAACCGCAGGCAGUUGGAGAUGAUUCUGAACAAGCCAGGGCUCAAGUACAAGCCUGUCUGCAACCAGGUGGAAUGUCAUCCUUAUCUCAACCAGAGCAAAAUGUUGAAUUUCUGCAAAUCAAAUAAUAUAGCUCUUGUGGCCUAUUUUGCUUUGGGAGCCCAACGAGAUACAUGGAUGGACCAGAGUGCUCCAGUUCUUCUGGAAGAUCCAGUUCUUUGUGCCUUGGCAAAAAAGUAUAAGCGAUCUCCAGCCCAGAUUGCCCUUCGCUACCAGCUACAGCGUGGAGUUGUUGUCUUGGCCAAGAGUUUCAACGAGAAGCGAAUCAAAGAGAACAUUCAGGUUUUUGAUUUCCAGUUGACUUCAGAGGACAUGAAAACCAUAGAUGGCCUAAACAGAAAUUUGCGAUACAAUGCUGGUUCUUAUUUUGAUGGACACCCAAACCAUCCAUUUUCUGAUGAAUAUUAACCUGGAAGUGUUCAUCCUGACUUUGACCAGGAGCCCUUGGGUGUGAAUCAUAACAUGGGAGAUGUCUCAGAUGCUGGUGAUUGGACACAUAAUUUCCAGUUAAUCUAUGCUGCCUAGCAACUCAAAUUCAUAUAUUCAUAGGCAAGAAGAAAAACCACUAAAUUUUAGUCACUCUCUGAAAUAUAAAAUAAUAUUGUUUUCUGUAAAGAAUCUUACCUAGUGUUGACUCUGAUAAUUGUGUUUCUUUCUUACUCAUCAGGGACAAACUCAAUUUUCCCAGAAGUUUGGGAGAAAGGGGAAGGAGAUAAUAACAGCCAUUUGAUGGCAUUUCUGGGUUGGGAGUAGGUAUAGGUGUCAGCCGGUAGGGAAGUAGCAGUAAGCAGACAUUUUUUUAGUCAGUUUCUCUAGUCCUUUGAGGAAUUUGAAAACUCAUUGCAUAGAGCCUGAGAGGUGAGACAAUGUUGCAGGGAUGGCCAACAGUCCGUUUUCUCCCACAUCUCAAGAAUCAGAGCUUCAGAAACCUUGGGAAUUAGGUAUCCUUAUGGGAGGGUUGGCAGAAGAAGUUGGGAGGGAACUAUCCUGGAAGGAUGGUCAAGAGUCAAAUAUGGAGGAGGUACAGGAGGAUGGAGUUGAGUACCUCUAUCCUUAGGAAAUGUUGGGAACUGCUCUUUGGACAAUUAUGUCCUGCAUAUAAAGGGAGUUUUCCAAAUACCUGAUCUAAAUGUCAGAGUUGAAGGUUGCACCUACUUCAUUUAUGUGUUUCCAGGAAAUAGUAGAGAUCUUAGAUUGUAGUAGGGCAGCAUACUAAUGUGAUUUGGAUUAUUAUAAUGAAAUAUCAGAAAUGAGAUAACUUCAUAAAGCAGAGAGGUUUAUUUAGCUCACAGUUCUAGAAGUUCAAAUGCCAGAUAUUCAAUUUUAGUUUACAAUUGAUCAUAAUGAUAGGUCUAAGAAUCAAAGAGAUCACAUAAACAAGACUAGUGUCUGCUAAUAAUAUCUGAUAGAAUCAAGGAGAGAACGAUCCAACAUGGGAAGUGGGAUACACAGCAGACUCAUAGAAUAGCAGAUACCCUAAACAGCACUCUGGCCUCAGAAUCAGUCCUUAAGGCAUUUGGACCUGGCUGAAGAGCCCAUGAGAAUAUUUUAGGCAUGAAAAGCCAAGACACUCUGGGGAAAAAAAAAAUGACCUAAAUGAAAGAUCUCUGCAAGUGAGAUCCCAGUGGAAAGAAUGGGCCAUCAAAGAAAGAGGUAACUUUCUCUGAAGGGAGGAGAGAACUUUCACUUUGACUAUGACCUUGUCUAAAUAUGAUCAGAGUCGGUGAACUCAAAAGGCUUCCAUAGCGUUGGCAACUCAUGACAAGAGCCUAGGGUGAUUACGGACGCCAUAAACAAGAGUGUCAAUUUGCUAAGUCAACAACAGGAGUCACUGUGUACUUACUUCUCAUGUAGGAUCUCUGUCCUUAAUGUGUUGUUCAAUGUGAAUUAAUGCUAUAACGAGUACUCAAACAGUAUUUUUCACUUUGUGUUUCGGUGUGGGUGCAAACUGUUGAAAUCUUUACUUAAUUUAAACUAAAUUGAUCUUCUGUGUAUAAAGAUAAUUGAAAAUGAAUCUUGAUGUGAAUGGAAGGGGAGAGGGAGCGGGAGAUGGGAGAGAUGCAGGUGAAGGGAGGUUUUUUGGGGGGGGAGCCAUUGUAAUCCAUAAACUGUACUUCAGAAAUUUAUAUUUAUUAAAUAAAAGUUAAUAAAAAACCAAA